AUUCAUUCUUAGCUGAUUUUCUUUUGAUAAAAGAGAACGACAUUUCUUUCAAUUGUGCUUCUUUCACAUUCCAUUUUGACAGCAUUUUCACAUUGAAUAAAUUACUUAAUUCUGGCUGUUUGUUGAUUCCUUAUCGAUAACUACAACUUUAUACAUGGGGGUCUUCUUGGAAUAGCUGAGGCAUGCGCAGUCGAUGAUCUAUGGGCAGUGAGAAUAGAUUUGGUUUACGAUGAGCUUCCGAAGCUUACACAGCUUCCAUGGAGCUUCUUGCAUAUAUGCAAAAGCUUCAUUGCGACAUCCACGAUGGGCACAGCCGGGGGUAGGCCUCAGGGUAUUCACAAGCACCAAUCGACUCUUGAAAGACAUUCCCAAAGGCAGUGCUAUUCAGAGCCAAUCUUUAAGAAAUGCGAAAUCAGCGGACGAUAUACCUGGGUCGACGCCUGAGACGGCGAAAAAAGCCCCUCUUGCCAUACCGAUAACGGCAAGAAAAGAUCCAUUGGCCCUUGAUGAUAAAACAAACAAGGAGCAAAGGAAGGCGGACUGGGCGAUUAUAAAAGAGAUGUCACAGUAUUUGUGGCCCAAAGACAAUAUGGGAACAAGAGUUCGGGUUGGAUUAUCCCUCGGGUUGCUAGUUGGAGCUAAAGUGUUAAAUGUGCAAGUACCUUUCUACUUCAAAAGCAUUGUCGAUGCUAUGAAUGUUGAUUUUGCUGCUCUUGGAGGCACAGCUACAACCGUCGCCGGAUCGAUGAUAUUGGCUUAUGGACUUACCAGAAUUGGAGCUACUUUGUUUCAAGAAGUACGGAAUGCUGUCUUCGCUAGCGUUGCCCAAAAGGCUAUUAGGAGGGUAGCUUGCAAUGUUUUUGAUCAUCUAUUAAGACUCGAUCUCAAUUUCCAUCUCUCGAAGCAGACCGGUGGAUUGACUAGAGCUAUCGAUCGUGGUACAAAAGGUAUUAGCUUCUUGCUUACAUCCAUGGUUUUCCAUAUUUUCCCGACAGUGUUGGAGAUAUCUAUGGUUUGCGGUAUCUUGACCUAUCAAUAUGGUGCCAAAUUCGCGGCUAUCACAGCUCUCACCAUGGUGGGAUAUACAGCAUUUACCAUUUCGACUACUGCCUGGAGAACAAAAUUUCGAAGAGCCGCCAAUGCCGCUGAUAAUAAAGGUUCGACAGUUGCUGUAGACUCUCUGAUAAACUAUGAGGCAGUCAAAUACUUCAACAACGAGAAAUACGAAGUGGGUAGAUAUGACCAGGCACUCAAAGCUUACGAGAAAUCAUCCAUCAAGGUCGCAACAUCUUUAGCAUUCCUCAAUAGUGGACAAAAUUUGAUCUUCUCAAGUGCAUUAACUGCCAUGAUGUACUUAGCUGCAGAUGGUGUAGCUACAGGAAACUUGACAGUGGGUGAUCUUGUAAUGGUCAACCAAUUGGUCUUUCAACUCUCGGUUCCCUUAAAUUUCCUUGGAUCCGUAUACCGAGAACUUCGACAAUCCUUAUUGGACAUGGAAACGCUUUUCAACCUGCAAAAGGUCAAUGUAGCUGUCAGGGAAGCUCCGAAUGCGAAGCCCCUGCAGCUAACUAAAGGUGGCGAGAUUACAUUCGAGAAUGUAACCUUUGGUUACCAUCCAGACCGUCCGAUCCUGAAAAAUCUCAGCAUGACCAUUCCUGCUGGCAAAAAGAUUGCUAUUGUUGGACCUAGUGGCUGUGGAAAAUCAACAGUCCUGCGACUCUUAUUCCGUUUCUAUGAUGUUCAAGAGGGAAGAAUUUUGAUUGAUGGCCAAGACAUACAAAACGUGAGUUUGGAGUCACUGAGGAUAGCCAUUGGCGUCGUUCCUCAAGACACACCACUUUUCAAUGAUUCCAUUGAACAUAACAUCAGAUAUGGUAAUUUGGAGGCAUCUGACGAAAAAGUCAAAGAAGCAGCACAACGUGCAAAGAUUCAUAGCAUUAUCACAACACUCCCCGAUGGAUAUAAAACAAUGGUUGGUGAACGGGGAAUGAUGAUUUCUGGAGGAGAAAAGCAAAGAUUGGCUGUGUCAAGACUUAUCUUGAAAGAUCCUCCGCUGUUAUUCUUUGACGAGGCGACAUCUGCAUUGGAUACACAUACGGAACAGGCACUCAUGCAAAAUAUCAACAGCAUUUUGAAAGAGAAAUCAAGGACUAGCGUUUUCGUCGCUCAUAGGCUUCGAACAAUCUUUGAUAGCGAUAAAAUCAUAGUACUGAAGGAGGGGUCAGUGGCUGAAAGUGGGACGCAUAGAGAACUGGUUGAUACUGGUGGGGUAUAUUCCGAUCUCUGGAGUGUACAAGAAACUCUUUUUGCCGAAACGGAGAAAGGUAAAGAACGAGAGGUUAAUAUUCCCGACGUCUCGAAAGAGGAGAGUAGAUAGAUUUGAUCGAUAAGAACUUGUUAUCUUGAAUGGGCCAGAUGCAUACAUGCCGCAGGGUAAACCCCCUUUCACAUUUAAAGUCCCACCAAUCGAGGCUGCAUACAAGUGGGACUAGACUUUCUUGUGUGCUUCGAACCCCCGUAACACUGGAUAACAUUUACCCCUCAACCACUGUACAACAGUACAGACCACCAAGCAUCAACUCUCAAGGUGAACGCAUUAUCGUGUAUUGUUUAUGUCUGUUUCAUGAUUUCAAAUGAACAAUUUAUGGAAUUGGAUGAACAUGACGAUGAUUGUGUUCGGGGCUGCACAAAAUUGAUCCAGACAAGCACCCACUUUAGAAUUACUCGGGAAGACGGGUUCUAAAUCCAGAAAAACAGACCCAACGAGUCACAAAGUCGGCUGGGGAAUGAAGGCGAGACUGACAAGAGCCUUUUUAG